UACGGUGUGCAAAUAUGAAAACGUUAAUCGUGAACAAGCGACUAACAUUAUUUUUCUUAAUUGUAAGAAAUAUAACCGUUCGAAACUAUGAAAAAUAAAGUUUACUCGAACAUUUUGAAUUUUAAUUCUUCCUAUCGAUUCCAAUCAGAAUAGUUGAACAACAACUGUUGUAUUACGUCUACAUAACGUGGAUUGAUGAAAAUUUGUGUUCAAAUUUGAAAUCGAAGUAAUCGAACUCCAUUGCAAUCUAUAAUCAAGAACGAUGAAUAACAUUUCUGAAGAAAAUUAUGGAACUAUGCUGGCUAGUUUUCGGCCCAGUGACUUACAAAGACUAUUGGAAGCUUUUGGUCAAAAUAAAGUAGGCCGAAGAGUUGAAUUAAGAAAUCGAGCACUUGAAUUGUUAAGGUCUAGACCAAUUGGCUUUAGUUAUGAAGCAUAUCUAUCAAAAAUACUUGAAAUAUAUAAUUACAAGGAAUCUCGUAUGUCUAAUAAUUUUAUGCAACCUCAACAAGGACAGACAAUGUAUAUGGGUCAGAUGCAGAUACCACAACAAAGAAUGAACCCACUGCUACAAUAUUCUCCUCAACAACCAAUGCAUACGACCCGCGCUGGAUUGCCACAGUUUUUAAUCAGAGUACCAAGACCUGUUACUGGUCAAAACAUCUAUUUUGUAAACAAUGUUACUAACAAUAACAUUCGGUGUGCUCUAAGUAGUAGUAAUCAGCCAUCUGGACCUCAUACUACAAUAUCAUCCCUAUUACCUUUAAAUCAACAAAAUUCAGUGAGAUUGAUUGUGAACGCAUUGGCAAGUAUAAACAAUAAUGUUUUAAACUCAUCUCAAACUGUAGACCGUUACAAGUUCAAAAAAUUACCAUUUUUUGAAGUUAUUGACAAUAUUAUUGAAACAACUUUUCUAAUUGGAUCAGAAAACUGUACAUUAGAAAAGUUUACUAAAGGUACUAAAGAAUGUGUGUUCACCCAUACUAUGACCGUUGAACAAGCAUCGCUUAUUGCAAUGAAUAGAGACAUUUCAUAUGGAAAAGAAGAGUAUCUUUUUCAAUACCAAAUUCGCUUUUGUCAGCUAGAAUUUGGGCGUAAUAGUGAAGUAACUGAUUAUUUUCCACCAGGACUUCAUAUUCGAAUAGGAAAUAGAACAUGUCCAUUGCCAUCUAAUAUAUCUAUUAAACUAGGAACUGAAUCUAGGCGAAUUGCGAGACCAAUCAAUAUCUCGCAUUAUCUAAAACUUAAUCCUAUGCUUGCAAACUCGAUUACUGUAAAUUGGAUUCCUGAUGGAAAAAAAUACGCUAUUGCAUUGUUCAUUGUUAAAAAGUUAAGUUCAGAUGAUUUGAUAAAAAAACUUCAAGAGAAAGAAGCGAGGAGCUCUGAAGAGACUAAAAAUAAUAUUAUUAAAAAAUUGGCAGUUUCUGAUUCUGAUUUCGCCCCUACAUCAUAUCGUUUUUCCUUGGUUUGUCCAUUGGGUAAAAUAAGGAUGAAGAUACCUGCCAAAUCUAUUCAUUGUGAUCAUAUACAGUGUUUUGACGCUGAAACAUUUAUUUUAAUGAAUGAAAAAAAGCCGCAAUGGAUGUGUCCAACGUGUAAUAAAUCUUGUUUAUACGAUGACAUACGAAUAGAAAAUUAUUUUAUGGAAAUCGUCACUAGUCCUAAACUUGAAAACAAUAUGGAAAUUGAAAUUUUAGCUGAUGGUUCAUGGAUUGUUUUUAAAGAAAACAAAGAUACCAAAAAUACAAAUAGUAAUCUUGAUUCGAAAACAAACCCUAUUGAUGCUAUUGAUUUAGAUGACAGCGACAAUGAAAUAUCUAUUGAGCCAAAAAAAGAAUUUCUGUCAGAAGUUUCAGAAAAGCAGGAAUCUGAAAACUUGAAAUCAGAUUUUGUUGAUUUGACAUUAGAUGAGAACAAAAAACCAUCAGAUAAUGAAGUUCAGGCAGCUCAUGUUAUACAACCAGUGACUGAUGCUAUACAGUCAAUGAUUGAUACCAUGCAGCCAAUAACUGAUGCCAUACAGCCAAUAACUGAUGCCAUACAGCCAAUGACUAAUACUCUACAGCCAGUUACUGAUAUUAUACAGCCAAUUACUGAUACUAUACAGCUAGUUACUGAUACUAUACAGCCAGUUCCUAAUGCUACAUAGCCAAUUCCUGAUGCUACG